AUGGCACGAAGCCGGCGAGGCCGUUUCUUUGGCAUCUUCUCAUCCCUUCGGUCUCCCACGGUUUCGACGUCCAAGGACUUUGACCAAGAUGCCGGUCCCUCUCUGUACGGAAUGCCCAUGGAAAUCGUGGAGAUAGUCGCCAGUUUUCUGCAGUAUAGAAGCCUAUGUUCCCUACGGCUUACAUGCAGGCUCUUAUACGAGAGGACUUUGCGCUGCUUCGGCGUGUUCCUGGCUACCGUAUCCCUGGACUUUUCAUCUCGCAGCCUGCGGAGGCUCCAGGCCAUAUCCAACCACAAGCAUCUGAACCGAUACGUCCAGUGUCUUUCCAUCACGAACCCGACUCAUGGGAAACUAGGGAUAGACCUACGAUGGGAUAGGUCCUCGUCAGGAUGCCUCAUUGUCCCUCAGCAUAUAAUAGAUAUUCUCAGUGAUACCCUGGCACUCUUGGUUAAUUGCCGCUCUUUCGAGGUUCAUCAUAUUUACCGGCCAGAGCAUCAGUACACCUCUAACUUCCUAGGGGGAAGCGAUGCGAUAAAGAUUCUCCUAUACAUUAUGGCAGAAACGGCAUUUCCGGUGAAAUCACUCACAUUUGAACGUGGAGUCGCUCGAGGAUGGAGAUAUGAUGACCACAUACAUGGGGAGCGCCUGGACAUUCCCGCUCUUCAUAAACUAGGCGUCCGAGCUGGGCUAUCCCAACUUCAGAGUCUUACGUUAAACUAUCAGAAAGAGCUUGAAAGCAGCGUCGACUGGACCUGCGAACUGAUAAGGGCUACUACCAGCCUGAUGAGAUUAAUUGUCCGGCUGAACGAGUUUGACAAGGCACCGCUGCUUUUUGACCGUCUUACUUCGACCAAUGUUCUCCCUCCCUUGCAAGAACUUGUUCUGGAAUCCUGCGAAUUUUCCUCAUUGGGAGGUUCUUCCCAGACUCCAAGAACUCUUCCCAUCCUUGACGAGCAUUAA